AUGGAGGCGAGACACGUGUUUGUUGAACAUGUCAGGGAUGUAAUGGUUGCAAACCAUCGGAUGGAGAGGUCAAUGAAUGUAGAAAUAUAUUCACGACGACUGGAAACGUUUCAAGUUUCUGAGACCAUCAGUCGUCGACCUGAUAUACCAACUAGGUCCUAUGGAGUUGAUCUCUGGAACAGACAGUGCGAGUGCAGGAGGUUCGAAACACUUCAUUAUCCAUGUGCGCAUGUCAUGGCAGCGUAUGCUAAAGUCAACCUUGAUGUUGAACAAUAUGUCGAUGAUGUGUACACGCUCGAGCGCACAUUGCGUGUCUGGGAGGUGCCUCCGACGACUUUCGAGCUUCUCCCAGACAGAGGGCUACGAAGGAAUCCAAGAGGUCGUCCACAAUCAAGCAGAAUCCGUAAUGAAAUGGACAUUAGGGAGAAAUCAGACGGUAAGCGUUGUGGAAUAUGCAGGUUAAGUGGUCAUAGUCGGAAUAAAUGCCCUCGACGAAACUUUCAUGUUGGACAGUCGUCUGGAUCGGGUCGGAAUUGA